GUGUGACGUCAUAACCUGUUAGGAAAUUUUGUCAUUUCCUUGUGAAGUAAUAACAAAUAUAGCCAAAUAUACACGGGUUUUAUUCUUUUCAAACAUAGGAAAUCAAAGUGACACGAUGGGGAGUAAGCUAGACGAUGCAUUAUUUAACCUCAAGUUUAAUAAAAAGCAAAUGGAAAGGUUUGCAAGUAAAGCAGAAAAAGAACAUGUCAAAGAAAAAGCAAAAGUUAAAAAGGCCAUUGCACAAAAGAACAUAGAGGCAGCAAAAAUAUAUGCUGAGAAUGCUAUUAGGAAGCGAAAUGAGGGUUUGUCAUAUCUGAGGAUGGCUGCCAGGGUAGAUGGUGUGGCAAGUCGUGUACAGACAGCUGUUACAAUGAAAAGUAUGGUGAAAGGCAUUGAAGGUGUAUCAAAAUCCCUAGAAAAGGCUAUGGCGUCCAUGAAUUUAACUGAGGUUGACAAGGUGAUGCAAAAGUUUGAGAAACAAUUUGAAGAUCUUGAUGUACAGACGUCGACAUUAGAAAACACAAUGGGGGAUGCCACAACAUUAUCCGCACCAACAGAACAAGUAGAUGAUCUCAUCAAACAAGUUGCGGAGGAGAGUGGUCUUGAGAUGAUGGAUCAAUUAAGUGACCUCAGUGUAGCUAAAGACUCUGUCCGGGUUAAGGAUCAGGAACACAAGCGAGAGGAUGACCUUAGUCGCAGAUUACAAGCAUUGAGAAAUUGAGGAUAUUAAACUAUAUUAAUCGAAGUGAAAUGAAUGUAAUCUAUGCUGCCUGAGAGAGUUCGACUCUGUUGGAACCUAUGACCAUAUUACAAGCUUGAUCUUCAGUACCGAGUGAAUAUUAUUGAGGCCAAUGAUGACAUUUAGGAAUGAAUGUAGCUGGUUCAAUAAUAAGGACACCGACAAUGGCGCAGUUAAUGAAAUACCCCAUGUUUCAUGAUCCUGACAACUUCAAUGGAGCCAGAUUUGUUUUGUCUAAGCAAAUCAAGGGAGACGACUCUGACCUACAUACCUGGCAGCGGUCAACAACUUUUGCUACCUAAAUGUAUAAUUUCUGCUAAUAAAAAUUGAAGAGGUAAUGAUUAAAUAAUAUGGAUGUUUUAACAGCCAUAGACUUGAGCAGUAAUUAUGUGCAAGUCAUAAUCAAGGAGACUUAAGUUUUAGAAGAUUGAUUCUGUCCAAUCAGAAAGAGAGAGAGAGAGAGAAUUUUGUGAUAACUUUGUGUAAAUGACUUGAGCGUAUGUAAAUGUGGAAGUUGAGAUAGAUGGAGAUUAUUACAUUACUUAAUAAGUUGUAUAUAUGUGAACAAUGUAUUAAAUGUUUUUAUAUAUCAGGGAGCAAGGAUAGUGUGAAAACAAUAUAGUCUUGGUUUGAAAAAUGUUAUGUUUAUUGUACCUAAUUCUAUUCAUAUUGAGUAGGUUGAAUUCUUUGUGAUUAAACCAUGAUGUACGGUAUUUUACCGUACUACUGUAACACUAAUUACCAUUUGCCACAAGCAGUCAGCUUUCAUCAAUAGUAAUAUUUUCUUUCUAUAUGAAUUAAUUUGAGGGACACUAAUUGACGAUAAUGCUGACCUGUUGAUGGCAUUCCCAAAGGUUCUAGAUGCUGUACACUAUAAAAAGUGUACAACUCUAGGUUUAAUGUUUCAUGCUGAUUUAUGUAUAUUCAAGUGGUAUAUGGCACUGUUGAGAGCACGGACACAAAACAACCUACACCACUACAACCUGAUCAGCUAAUUGUAAUUGUAAUUGUGAUUGUAGCAAGAAUGGGUCCAUCGCCAGGUACUUUACAAGUGCUUUCUCCAUAUACAUAGUGUCCAUAGUGUGUUGAUCAUAUCCUUCCUGCAGUGUUAGUGAUUUCAAUAAUAACUUGAAUACCAGUAUUUGUAAUGCAAACAGUUCUCUGACAGUUUUACUGCAUUAACAUGUCAUUAUUUAAUUUUCACUAUUACUGAUACCUGUACUGUAAAGUGCUUGCAUAUUCAUGGUAUUUUAGUGCACUUUUACCCUUGUCUGAUUAUUUCAUUUUAUAAGUUGUUGGAAAAUGUUCUGUCAACAAUAAGUAUAGGACUGCUACACUGACCUGUGCUUGUUACUGUGGUAUGUUACUUCUCCAGUACAAAACAUUUGUUCUAAUUUAAUUACUUUUCCUGUUAUUUGAUUUAGUUUGACAGUAGUUGUUCUAAGUAUGCUUGCAUCUUACAAAUAUAGGUAUACAGAUAGGUAAUAAAGUUGUUAUAAUAACUAUUAAUUUAUAUAUUUUAGUUCUUGGUUAUAUUAUGAUGAUGCAUUAAAUUCAUAUGAAAUGUA